AUGUCCAACUCAAGUAGAUUGUCCGAGAAGGAAUUCGAAACUUCAAAGUCGAAGGACUCCAACUUCGCAGUGUUCUCAGAGGAGGACGCAUCAUCUACCACAGAGAAGGGGUUGUUCAGCUCUGGAUUCCUUCAAAUGAACAAGGAAUUCAAGAUGCAACGUCAUUUGAAGAGUAGACACAUCCAGAUGAUUGCCAUUGGUGGUUCCAUCGGAACAGGAUUAUUCGUUACCAUCUCCAACGGUCUGAUAAACGGUGGUCCAGGUUCUCUGUUUAUUGCUACAACUUUCUGGACUCUGAUCAUUUUAAUGCUUACCACUGCUAUUGGAGAAAUGGUUUGUUACCUCCCAGUAGCUUCUCCCUUCAUUGAAAUGGCAGGUCGUUGUGUUGAUGAGGCAUUUGAAGUCUGCGCCGGUUACAACUUUUUCCUCAUGGAAGCCUGUUACAUUCCGUUCGAGAUAACUGCCUGUAAUACCAUGAUUCACUACUGGAGAUCCGACUACUCUCCCGCUAUCACCUUUGUGGUUCAGACCCUCUUGUAUGUGCUCUUCAACGUCUUCACUGUCAAAUGGUUUGGUGAGUCUGAGUUUUGGAUGUCCAUUACGAAGUUGAUUUUGUGUAUUGGUUUGCUAUUUUUCACUUUCAUUACCAUGGUCGGUGGUAAUCCUCAACACGAUGCUUUUGGAUUCAGAUAUUGGAAUGACCCAGGUGCUUUUGCUACCUAUUACAGAGAUGGACCUUUGGGUCGAUUCCAGGGAUUUGUUUCUGCUUUGACAACGGCAUGUUUCUUUGUGGUUGGCCCAGAAUAUCUCUCCAUGGUCGCAGCUGAGGCCAGAAACCCAAAGAAGACCAUGUCUGGGGCUUUCAGAACUGUCAUUUACAGAUUGGCCCUAUUUUACAUUGGAGGUGCUCUGUCGGUAGGUAUCUUAGUAGCCUACAAUGACCCCACCUUAGUCGCACACACAGGACAAGAAGACGCCUCGGCCUCUCCAUACGUGGUUGCCAUGAACAACAUGGGAAUUUCCGGUCUUCCCCAUGUUAUUAAUGUCACUAUCAUCAUGUCUGCCGCUUCCGCUGGUAACUCUUACUUCUAUGCCGCUUCAAGACAGCUUUAUGCUCUUGCCAAGAGAGGAUAUGCGCCAUCUUGUUUCCAGAUGGUUACCAAGAAGGGUAUUCCUAUCACAUGUAUGGCUGUCACCACUUGUUUCGCUUUGCUUUCGUUGUUGCAACUGGGUAACGACAGUGCCGUAGUCCUGGAAUGGAUUGUGAACCUGGUCACCGGUGCCCAGAUGCUGAACUACGCCUUCAUGUGCGUGACAUAUUAUUGUUUCUACAGAGCAGUCAACGCCCAGGGACUCGAUCGUAUGGACAGAAAGAUGUUCAUUUACAGAUCCUGGUUCCAGCCUUACUCCAUCAUCAUCGCAGGAGCAUUCAUAUGGACGAUGGUCUUCAUCUUGGGUUACUCAGUGUUCUUGCCUGGGAAUUGGAGUAUUGAGACGUUUUUGUUCUCCUACGUUAUGAUCUUUGUCAACCUUGCAAUUUUCCUCUUCUGGAAGAUUCUCAAGAGAACCAGUUUCCGCAAGCCCGCAGAAGUUGACUUGGUUACGGGUAUGGAGGAGAUUGACGAACACAUUUAUGAAUACUAUGCAAACCUGGAAGCUAAUAACCAGCGCGAUGACACUCUGUUCCGCAGAAUUAUGGCUUGGGUCUUUUAG